GAUCAAUUAGCAUGGAGAAUCUCUCUCCGCAGUAGUGAUGGUAUUUAGCUGCUCUGGGUGCGCUGUUGCUGAGGGAAUAGCUGUCGGCAGUGAGCAGCUUACAGGUUUGUGCAUAUAUGUAGAUGUGGAUGCCACCCUUUGUGAGAUGUGCGUAGUAACCCAAACCAGCAGUGUCCUAAGAAGUCGCAUGUAGGAUUUUUAUGCAGACAUUGUCAGGUUUCCUCGCACGUCCAUUAUCUGAUCUGUAAAUAAUGGCGGCUGGUGAUAAAGUGUCUGCAGCUAUAUUGACGCACAUCCUUGAGAUCCUCUACCUGCUAACCGGGGAGGUUUCAGUAAUGCAGCACAUCUCUAACUCGCCAAUGAAAAGCGCCAACAGGAAAAUGUCUGCUCUGAUCUUGAACCACAUCCUGGAUAUAAUCUAUUUGUUAACCGGAGAGGAAUACACCGUAGUGAAGAGGAAUUCGCCCCACAUCAGCACACACCCGCUGACGGGAGAGGUUCCUAUAAAGUGCGGAGACGUGGGCGUGUAUUUCUCUAUGGAGGAGUGGGAGUAUAUAGAGGGGCAUAAGGAGCUUUAUGAUCACGUCAUGAUGGAGGGACACCCAGAGCUCAGGGCCAGACGAAUCCCAUCUCUCCACCCUUUUGGAAAUAAGGAUGAAGUUACUGUAGAUGCCGGACAGACAGAGGAGUUGCGAGCUGCGGAGCCAGAGAUAUGUGACAUUAUCGGCACAAGAAAUAAGGAAGAAGUUACUGUAGAUGCCGGACAGACAGAGGAGUUGCGAGCUGCGGAGCCAGAGAUAUGUGACAUUAUCUGCACAAAUCGUACUGACCCAGAUCUGUACCGUAUAUCUGUUACUGACUCGGAUAAUGAAGAAAAUGAUAUACAGGAGGUUACGAUUUCAUCAACCCUUGGUGCAGGUUUAUUCAUGGGCAGAAAUACGCUUGCUGAUGUUCCGAUUUCCCUCAGUCAACCAUCUCUUGAGAAUAAAUGCUAUUCUCAGGAAUCCAAUCAAAUUACCCCAAAUGCACCAAUGAAAAGUCUAGCGGCUGUUCAUGUGAACGAAUAUAGUCAAGGACAUGCAAAAGCACAGGAUCUUCAAGUAAACUUGUUAGCAAAACAUUUUGCGAACAGUAAAGAUGGUGAAACUGUAGAGGGUAAUUCGUCUUACAAGCCCGGGCAUUACACAAGUCAGAAGUCAAACCUGUUAAGACGUCAGAAGUAUCGUAGGACAGGAAAAAAAAUUGUUUGCUCUGACUGCGGGAAAUGUUUUGUUAAAUCUGAACUUAUUCGGCAUCAACGGACUCACACAGGAGAAAAACCCUAUAAAUGUUCUGACUGUGGGAAAUGUUUCACCCGUAAUUCAAAUCUUAAUUCCCAUAGGAAGAUUCAUACAGGAGAAAAAUCGUAUGAAAAAUCCUAUCCAUGUUUAGACUGCGGCAAAUGUUUUGUGAGUAGUUAUGGGCUUCUUAUACAUACACGAACGCACACGGGGGAGAAGCCAUUUUCAUGCUCUGAAUGUGGGAAAUGUUUUGUCAGCAAUUCUGAGCUUGUUAAACAUAAGAGAACACACACAGGGGAAAAGCCAUUUGCAUGUACUGAAUGCGAGAAAUGUUUUGCCAGCCAUUCGGGGCUCGUUAUUCAUAAACGAUCGCACACAGGAGAAAAACCCUUUGUGUGUUCAGAUUGUGGGAAAUGUUUUGCCAGCAAUUCAGUGCUUGUAAUUCAUAAGCGAUCACACACAGGAGAAAAGCCAUUUACAUGUGCGGAUUGUGGGAAAUGUUUUGCCAGUAACUCGGUGCUUGUCAUCCAUAAAAUAACUCACACGGGAGAAAAACCAUUUACGUGUUCAGACUGUGGAAAACGUUUCACGCAGAAGGCAAGUCUAUUUAAACAUCAGAGAUUUCAUAUGGCGGAAAAACCAUCAUCUGCCUUCGGAACAUGAGAACUAUUUUGUUAGCUAUUCAGGACUCGAACACAAGAGGUUACCCUGGACAGAAGCCAUUUGUACACUCAAACUAGGAAACACCUGGAUUUCAACACCAAGCCAACAAUAAAAGCUAUUUAUGUAUAGCUAGAUAUAAAAUACUUUAAAACAAUUUAAUCAUUAAGAACCAAGACCAAAAAUUUUACCAAUUGAGUAUAUGGUCACUUUUAAAUGAGAACUUCUGGGUCUGGGCAACUUCUCAAAAAUUCUUGUGGAUUAAGAUAAAAGGUGACAGAAACACAACUACAGUUCGUAACAAACAUAGUAGAUGAGCUUGAAAGAAGACAGAAGUGCAUUGAGCUUAACCUAUACAGAUCUUCAUUGAUUUACACUAGAAGUUGAUAAUUGAGCUUACAUUAAUACAAUUAGAAGCAUAUUUAACUCAAGCAAUCAAAACCCUAAAUUCUGUUUCUAGCCAUAAAAGUAUCUGUUUUUGGCAUUCACUACCUCCUCAGGUAAUGAGUUCCACAAUUUUAUUGCUCUUACAGUGAAAAAUGUUUAAGUUGCUGGAGAUUAAAUCUCCUUUCCUCCAGCCUUAAAUUGUGACCUCUUGUCACAAACUAUUUUCUUGGAAUAAACAGAGCUUCUGCCAUCUCUGUAUAUGGGCCUUGAAUAUAUUUAUAUAAAGUAAUCAUGUCACCUCUCAAGUGCCUUUUUUCUAGAGAAAACAGACCCAGUUUGGCUAAUGUCCCAUAGUUUAAAUCCUCCAUUCCCUUAUUGGUUUUGUAGCCCUUCUCUGAUUUUUUUUCUAAUUCUGCAAUAUCGCUUUUAAAUAUUGUUCCCCAGAACUGCACUCCAUACACAAGGUGAGGUGUUACCUGGGAUUAAUAUAGUGACAGCUUUCCUCCCUUGAAUCAAUGACUCUCUCAAUACAUCCUAGUAUCUUUAUUAGCCUUAUUAGCCUUAGAAACCGCUUCCUUGCAUUGUGCACCCAUCUUUAGCUUGUUAUCUAUUACUACUCAUAAAUUCCUUUCCUCCUCUGUUUGGCUAAGCCUUGUCCCAUUUAAAUAAUAAAUUGCCAUAUUUUUACUUCCAAAAUGAAGAACCUUACAUUUUCCCAUAUUAAAUCUCAUUUACCAUUUAUCAGCCCAUUCUUCUAAUUGUUGUAAAUCCCCUUGUAAAGCAAUUACAUCCUACACUGAUAUAAUCACCUUACACAAUGUUAUAUCAUCUGCAAAAGUAGAGAUCUUGCUAUUUAAUCCUUAAUAUGUCAUUAAUUAAAAAUAUAUUUAAAAGAACAGGGCCCAGUACUGAUCCUUAGGGGACUGCACUAAUUACUUUCUUCCAAUCUGAGUACAAUCCAUUUAAUACAACACAUUGCUCCCUAUCUUGUAUCCAGUUAGUUGAAAAUGUUAGCUCAUGGAUAAAUAGCUGGAUAAAAGAUUUCCAGUCCCUUUAUUUCUGUACAAUAACCUCAAUGUGUUCCUUUCUUAAGAUGGUAUCACAAUAGAAAGUUUUACCAUCAGUGCAAGGUCACACAGGCAGGUUUGUUUCUAGUGGUAGGCCCAUUGGUAAAAAUGCACCAAUCAAUGCUGAGUAAAGUGGAUGCAUUGGUAAACAGAAGACAUUGUAGGCAGCAAAGCUUUCCAUUCACGUCACUUAUGUGGUUAGCUUCUAUCAUUGGAAAAGAUUGUAGUAUCUUAGAGAGCAGAGACUUGGUAUAUUGUAUCUCUGUGCCGCUGUUGGUAAAUACCUUGAAUUGUAGUUCCACUUCUGUCACCUUUUGUCAUUGUCAUAAAUGAGACAACCCAUUCUAACCUACCCUAUAAGUUUAUCGAGUCUACUUUGGAGACAAUCAUUACGCACUUUUGCACAACCUUUCUGAUUGACAUUGGACAUCAUCAGAACCUGUUUCAAGUUAUUUUCCAACUGUAAAAAAUGGCUUGGUUUUUGUAUCAUUUUAAAGAUGUUAGUUGCAGAUGAAAGAAAAAAAAAUGUAUACUCGGUGGGGCUGAGAGGGAGAGCCGCUAUAUAACCUAUGUAAAGUAAAAAUUCUCCGCAAAAAAAAAGGCUGCAACCUAAAUUAUUAAUUUAAAUGUAAAUUCUAAAUAUUAAAAUAUAAAUAAAGAGACUACAAGACAAGAUCUUCAGAGCUGCUGAACUAUAUGUGUAUGUCUUUAUAAAUGUACAGAAAAACAGUAUGUCAUGUUUUUUACAGCAGAAGAUAUUCAGCUUUUUAUUGAUUUGUUGGGUUUUAUUUAUAUACAAAAGAUCUUCAGUAAACUUUCUCUGUCUGUUUAUCAAGCCUAUGCCGGCAUUGGAAACAUUGUUAUGCACUUUUGCACCUUUAUGAAUUAUAGAUAUUAUCAGAACCUGUUUCAAGUUAUUUUUCCAACCUCAGAAAAUGGCUUUGUUUCUUUUAAAGAUGUUAAUUACAAAGAUUAAAAUAAAUAUAUAUGAUCAUGUAUACUCGGAGCGCUAACCUUUUGUGUAAAAGUGAGGGAGGAAAAGCUCUCAGAAAUGCACACAAAAUUAAAUAAAAUAUGAUUUUUAUUUUUAUCAAAAAUAGCAAAUAAUUAUACAAUAAUCAAUGUAUAAAAAGCAAUAAAAAUUCAUUACAAAAUAAAUAAAUAAAAUAAAAAAUAUGUUUAGAAUUUUUUUUAUUUUAUAUGAAGAAAAAAAAUAAUGAAAAAUAAAGAUGGAGACUUAAUUAUUAAUUUAAAUGAAAAUCCUAUACAUUAAAAUAAUAUAUAAAUGAAUAUAAAGAUCACAAGACAAGAGUUUUAGAGUUGCUCUACCAUCUGUGUGCAUUGUUUUAAUAAACUUACAGAAAAAACAUACAUCAUGUUUGUUUUGUGGGGGGGGUUUUUACAGAGGAAAUUCUGCUUUCUAUUGUUUAUACUCCAUAUGCAGACAAUAUUCAGUAAUAAAGAAAUUAUAUUUAA